GACUUCUCCUUCGCUCGCGCGCUGGUCACCCAACACCGCUGCAAAAACGUCCUAGCCACUUGCUACGACGACAAAGAGACAUUAUACAGCAAGUAUCCCCAAGCCGAGCAAAACAUCAACGAUACCCUCACGGCGUUUGCCAAAACGAAUGACUCCUCCGGAGAUACCGCGGAGGAGAAUGAUGACCAGCCCGAAAAGCAAAAGCAACAAACUCAACGCCGCCAUGGUCCUGAUGUGCUCUUUUCUGUUGAUGCUCGGAAACUCGGUGCGUCGGCCGGUGGUGGGAAGGAUGUCCGCGGAGGAUAUCACCGGAAAGAGCCGAGGCUUCCUGCUUGGGUCGAGGCGAAGAGGGGCGCUCCUUCUAAUGGUGGUGGUGGUGGUGGUGGUCCGUGGGAUCUGAUUUGUUUUAACUUCCCGCAUGUGGGUGGGAUCUCGACGGAUGUUAACAGGCAGGUUCGCGCGAACCAGGAACUCCUGGUGGGGUUUUUCAAAGCCUGCGUGCCUUUACUGUCACUUCCGCCCCGUGUGCAUAGCGAGGGUGUAGAUGAUGAUGAGUGGGAGAUGUCCGAAUCCGAGAGUGACCUAGAAGAGUCGGACGAGGAUGAUGGACAGUCCCAAUCCGGUGCAAAGGACAUCACUGCCCGUACGGAAAGCAAGCUCCGGACUGACCCCGGCCAAAUCCUCGUCACUAUGUUCGAAAGGGAACCCUAUACUCUUUGGAACGUCAAAGAUCUUGCCCGUCAUGCUGGCUUGCGUGUCGUGACGAGUUUCAAGUUUCCCUGGGCUUCGUACAAGGAGUACGCGCAUGCGCGCACCGUCGGAGAGAUUGAAGGGAAGAAUGGAGGAAGAGGCGGGUGGCGAGGCGAAGAUCGAGAAGCGAGGAUGUAUGUCUUCGAGGUCAAGCAGGACGAAAAGGCUCUCAAACGUUCUCGGUCUGCGAUUGCGAAACAAAACAUGGCGUCGAAAAAUAAGAGGUCGAGGCACGAGUCUGACAGCGAAGGUGACGACUAG